AAACGCAACUGUAUACAUUUAUAAACAAAUUCAACAGAGUCAAUUUGCCUACACCAAAACAGUAAUAACUCCAUGAUAACAGUGAAAAAGUAAAGACUGUACAGAGUCAGCAAAUCUUGAAUACAGAGAAAUUCUUCCAUAGAGACUAGAGAGAGUGUACAGUCUCUAUCCUCUUCUAUAAAAUAACCAGAGUGUGCGCUACGUAUCUCCGGCCUUCGCAAGGAUUCAGCAGAUCGGUCCUGGCGCAACGGAGAACCCACGGGCGCUAGUCUCCCCCACAUUCACUCACUGUCCUCAGGAAAAUCUAGUUACUGGGCGAAUGUUGCAGGAAUUUUCAUGCUACGGUACUACUCUCUGUGAUAGACGUAAAACUUUUGCGUGUUAUAGUUUAGAAGAUGGAGGUUUCCAAAAACUAUAUUUUUCUCCUCCAAGACUAUGUCAACAAGGCUUGUGAAGGCAAGCCGGCCUGGGAGAUCAUUCUGAAGACAGCAGGAACUACUGUUCUUUUAGUAUGGGCAAAAGACUUCAUAUUCCAAGAUGAAAGUAUCAUGGAGAGAGGGAAGAAAACAGUGUUCAGAUUAGCCAGGCGAAUUCCUUCAGUAAAAGCAAAGAUUGAAGAGGAAAUUUCAAAGGUGUCAUCAUCAAUGAUGGAUGACUUCAACAAGAAUAUUGAAAACAGUAACUACAUAACAAAACUACCAGAGAAGGGAUGGAAUCAGGAUGAAAUUCUUCAAGAGGCUGCAAAAUAUACUGGAUAUGGUACUUUUAGCUGGGAGGAUGGCUUUGCUUCUGGAACAGUGUACAAUGGCAACCAAACACUAACAGAACUUAUGACAAAGGUUUAUGGUAUGUCAGCCUGGUCUAAUCCUCUUCAUCCCGAUGUCUUCCCGGGUGUGAGAAAAAUGGAGGCAGAGGUAGUGAGAAUGUGCUGCACAAUGUUCCAUGGAGAUGCUUCUAGUUGUGGAGUUAUGACAACUGGAGGUACUGAAAGCAUUAUUAUGGCAUGCAAAGCUUAUCGUGACUAUGCUAUCAACGUAAAAGGCAUCAAGAAACCGGAGAUGCUGGUUCCAGUGUCUGCUCAUGCUGCCUUUGAUAAAGGUGCACAGUUGUUAGGGAUGCGAAUCAGGCAUGUUCCUUUUGACCCUGAAACCAUGAAAGUUGAUAUUGCAGCCAUGAGAAAGAUGAUCAACCGCAACACAUGCAUGCUUGCAGGCUCAGCCCCACAAUUCCCACAUGGUGUCAUGGAUCCCAUCAUUGAAAUAGCAGGUUUAGGCCUCCAGUAUGAUAUCCCUGUCCAUGUAGAUGCAUGUCUUGGAGGAUUUCUCAUUGCAUUCAUGGAUGAUGCAGGAUUUCCUCUUGCACCAUUUGAUUUCCGUGUUAAAGGAGUUACUAGCAUAUCUGCUGAUACCCAUAAGUAUGGUUAUGCACCAAAAGGUUCUUCAGUUAUCAUGUAUAAUGAACCCAAGUGGCGACACCAUCAGUUCUUUGUUACCCCUGACUGGCCAGGCGGUAUUUAUGCCACCCCGACAAUUGGUGGUUCAAGAUCUGGUGGCAUAGUGUCAGCGUGUUGGGCUGCUUUGGUGUACCACGGCAAGCAAGGUUAUGUUGACUAUACGAAGAGCAUCGUCCAGACUACUAGAAAGAUAGAAGAAGGGUGUCGCAAGAUCAAAGGAGUCUUUGUGUAUGGCAAUCCAGAAGUAUCAGUUGUUGCCUUGGGGUCCAAUGACUAUAACAUCUAUCAACUCUCUGAUAGAAUGGGCAAGAGAGGCUGGAAUUUGAAUGCCCUGCAGUAUCCUUCUAGCAUUCACAUUGCAGUGACUGUCCUGCAUACCCAUCCGGGUGUUGCUGAGCGUUUUAUAAAGGACAUAGAGGAAUUAUCUAACGAGAUAAUUGAAAACCCACCAAAAGAGUCUGGAGGAAGUGCAGCGCUGUAUGGAAUGGCUCAGAGCAUCCCAGAUCGAUCUCUUGUGGGGGAGAUCGCAUGGUGCUACCUAGAUGCUGUAUAUUCCACCAAAAUAUCAGAGAAGCCCACUAUUGAGUAGGAAGAUCACCAAGAGAGUAAGAAGCAAAUGGAAGAAAAUGGAAAUUGGCACUUAACAUGGCAGUUUAUUUUCAGGAUGCAAUUUACAGCUUAUUUGCAAAUUAUCAUUAACAAUUGUUAUAUAAUGCCACUUGUAAACGAAAUCACUGUAAAGGUUUAACAUGAAACAGUGAAGGAUGUCAGUUAAAUUGAGUAUAUUGUAAUUUUGGCAAGUGUGUGUUUCAUAAUCAGUUAUUCAGGUAUUUAGUGUAGCAAGAAUGUGGUUUUAACAAUUAAUGUUUUUUUACGCUGUUGUAAUGUAAAGUAUUUUAUGAGUACAGAGUGAGUUAUGUUUCAGCUCAAAUGUAGAUUAGUAGAAAGAUCAGAAAUGCAUCAAUGAAAGAGAACUGAUGCAUUUACUUUAUAUAAAAAAAUAGUAUUGAUCAAGUCAGAUGAAACUGCCAAAGUCUAAUUGUAAGCUUGUUUGAUAUCUAAAGAUCACAGAUAAACCAGUUAAUAGAAAAUAUUUAGAAUAAAGAUUAUUAAAAGGC